UUGCUGUUUCUAGGUCGCGCGCAUCAUCACCAGUGUCGCUGGCCACUGUGACUUUAAGAGCGAUUUUUAUAUAUAAAUAUAUAAAUAAAUAAUAGAUUCUUCCGGUCCAUUAUAACAAACGGCGAAUAUAGUGUAAGAAAUCCAAGGGGUAUAAAGGAUCUGCGUUCUCGCUAAAAACAGCGUUGUUUUCCCUUCAUCAUGGUGAAGAUCAGCUUUCAGCCCAUCACGGGACAAAAAGCCGAGAAAGAGGAGGGUGAUGAAGAUAAAACUCAAAUAUUCAUACCGCAUCCACACGUGGACGAGGAGCUGGUCUUGCCUGUCGGACGGAAACGCUCCUCUCUGAGUGGACUUUGCUGUCUGACAACUGCUCUGAUGGUCUUCACCUGCAGUUUGAUAUAUGCUUCAAUUUAUAUCUACCGCUACUACAUCAUUCCUCAGGCUCCGGAUCAGAGUCGGUUCCACUGCCGUGUCGUGUACGAGGACUCAGUGGCUGCUCCUCUGCGAGGGUCUCACGAGCUGGAGGAGAGCGUUGGGAUCUACCUGAAGGAAAACUACGAGCAAAUCAGCAUUCCUGUGCCCGACUUCAGCAACACAGACCCUGCUGAUAUCAUUCACGAUUUCAACAGGGGUCUGACGGCUUACCAUGACAUUGCCUUAGAUAAGUGUUAUGUCAUCGAGCUCAACACCACUGUGGUCAUGCCACCACGUAACCUUUGGGAACUGCUCAUCAACGUCAAGAAAGGGACUUACCUCCCCCAGACGUACAUUGUCCAGGAAGAGAUGGUCGUGACUGGCCGUGUUAAUAAUAUGCAUCAGCUUGGCCGCUUUAUUUACCGUCUGUGUAACGGUAAAGACACGUACAGGCUCCGUCGCCGCACCUCACGCCGUCGUAUCACCAAGCGUGAUGCGCAGAACUGUCACCGAAUCCGUCACUUUGAGAACACUUUCGUGGUGGAGACAAUGAUUUGUGAGACUCCAUAGGCUGGUUGUCUCUUUGCCCCGCCUAUUUCUGAUGAGAUCACACCCUCUGGUCUCGGUAGCCACACCCCUUUGAAAAUCACACUCUUUACCUCUAAUUCUUUACAUGUCCCCAUUUCUCUCUUUUUGUACUUCUCUCUCUGUACCUAGUAAUUCAUUACAAAUGUUCCCUUAACAAUUUCUGAACAGUUUGUUUCUGCAUAUUUGCAAUAAUACGCAUUUUCAAAUUGAUGCAUUUAAAAAUGUAACAGUAGCAUCCGAAGUCUUUAAAUGAGAAGGUUACACGGGCAUUAAGCUGCACAAUGCCUGCAUGCUCGUACCUGCGUCUAACUGGCUGUUUGUGCUCCGUCAAACUGUUCUUUGCUCUCUUAUAUAUUUGUGUGUUUUUAGAUCUAUUCUUGGAUAGAGAUGCACCGAAACUGUGACCAAAAAUACCAUAAAAUGACGUGAAAAAUAUUCUCAGAAAGCUUUACUCUAAUAUCCAAUCUCUGAACUGCAAAAAUAAUUUUCUUAGUAUUUUUGUCAUUUUCACUGUUGGUUAAAAGCACUUAUAAAGAGAUUUGCAAAGGUAAAGAGUCUUCUUUUGCCCUGAUUUGUGUGUUCUUAGGCACAAUGUUCACUUUUCUUUCAGUGCAUCACUACCCAUAAAUAUCCUAGUGCCGGUUAAAGCGUCUGAUGAAAAAUCGCCUCCAUCAUUACAUUUAUCACAUGUGUUUGUUUACUAUGUAUCUCGAUAUCCACUUUAGUGCUUCUACAACAUGCUUCCUGUGCCACUUCCUCUCUUCUUCUUUGUCUCUCUGCAUGCUUUUCAAGACAACACAUGCAUCGUUUGAGUAUUUUCUUAUCAUAUGAGCGAAGCCUUAGGCCAGAUUCAUGCCCUGGACUAAUGUAUACAAUCUCAAAAGCUCUUUGUGUUUAUGUGUGUGUUGAAGUUAAAAACCUUGUUUAGUUGGGUGAAGCAAACAUGUAAAUAAACCAGUAAGACAUC